UAUAUAUAAUAUAUAUAUAUGUCUAAAGAACAUUGCACACUUCGAGUGUAUAACACUAACGUGUAAUAGAUAAAUAUUUCAGGGGAAAAUAAUAAUAAAGUUGUUCACAAAAUUACUCUUUAGGUGCCGCAGGCUAAUUAUCUCGCCCAAAUCCACAAGCGCUCGAUUCAAAAGUUCCUAUAAUAUUUAAGCCUAAAGAUAAAACAUAACAUAGUACAAACUAUCGCCGCUAACUUAAAGUAAUUCACGAUUGAACUAGCUAAUAACCCAACUUACUCCAAGUCUAAACGCACGCAAACAUAAGUGCAAAAACAAAAUCAGCAAGCAGAAAUCGAAUGCCCUUAUUUGAAGGAUCAGCAUUCCAUUCGUCGAAUGGCUUAAGGAUUCAACUUUUCAUAAGCACCUCAGAAAACUCCUAGUCUGGUAAGGGGUGACUAUGCGAUUGACUCAAUAAAUUGGUCCAAUAAUGGUAAUGACGACGGCUCUCCAAUGUCCAGUUCUGAUGUGGAAACUUUUAAUGGGAAAAUAGUUUACAAUCUUGAUGGCAGCGCACACAUCAUCGCCACAGAUAAUACCAAUGGAGGUGGAUCAGGGUCUGGCCAAAAUUGUUAUGGUUCAGCAUCGAAUUCACUAAAGAACCUGUCAAAGGCUAAAGAUCGAAGGCAGGAAGAGAUAGAUAUAGAACACCCGUCCCAGUAUCAUCUAGAGCAAAGCGAGAACAAGAGGCAGGAGGAAGCUGUGGAUACUCGUCCUGGUUUCGAAUCCUUAGGAGGCGCUUGCCACAAAUCAAGUCCAAAAAUCCAUUCCUUUCGUGUGGUGUCCGCACAAGAUGCUAACUCAACUUGUCAGGAUCAAAUCAGAGCAUUUAAAAUCCAGAAACCAAUUUUAAUGUGUUUUAUAUGCAAGUUGUCUUUCGGCAACGUUAAGUCCUUUAGCUUGCAUGCAAACACUGAACACCGACUCAAUUUGGAAGAGCUGGACCAGCAGCUACUUAAUCGCGAGUACUCCAGUGCCAUUAUACAAAGAAAUAUGGAUGAAAAGCCACAGAUAUCCUUUCUACAGCCCUUGGGUAAUAAUGACGCCUCUGCUGAUAGCAAUGAUACCGAGAAGCUUCAAACAGCAACUGAGGGCAGUGACGCCACUCUGCCUUCGUCUCCGCACCCAGUUAUCAGGAAUGACUCUGAACUUGAAACCGAAAAUGAGCAAGAGACUGAGCAGAAUCGGCUCCUGAACCAGGACCGGGAGCAAGAGUCUGAAUCAGAUCAGCACACUAGUAGUAGUAAAAUGGCGGCACCUAGUGCAUAUAUCCCAUUAUCAUCGCCCAAAGUAGCGGGAAAAUUAACUGUGAAAUUUGGUUCCUUAAACUCAGCAACAGCAAAGACUAAUAACCUAUCAAAAGUUUCCUCAACCAGUUCACCACCAUCGACAUACGCAUCCGGGGAAGUCUUAUCACCCAGUACUGAUAAUAUAAGUAACCAUAAGUCAACACAUUGCAACCAAGAAACAGAGCCACCCUCGUCGUCUUCGUCAGAGGUGGAAAUGAAGAUUGGCUCUAUGUCCACAUCACCUCAAACAAAUGAUUCGGAUGUUCCAUGCUCAGGUUUUUUGCAAAUGCAGCACAUGACAACAGGUGGUGCAUAUACUCCUCAAGUCAGUUCCUUCCAUGCAUCUUUAGCUGCGCUGGCCGCCAACGAAUCAAAUGACAACCGGGUUAAGCUGAUCACAGAGUUCCUUCAACAGCAGCUGCAGCAACAUCAGAGUUCCUUAUUUCCAAGCCCAUGUCCCGAUCACCCCGACCUCAAUGGUGUGGACUGCAAAACCUGCGAACUCCUUGACAUCCAGCAGCGGUCAAAGUCACCGUCUUCUUCACAUCACCAGUUUUCUCAAUCUCUUCCCCAGCUGCAAAUUCAGUCGCAGCCCCAGCAAACCCCACAUCGCUCACCUUGCAGCAACAGUGUUACCCUGGCCGUAUCACCAAGCGCCUCCUCGGUGGCCAGCGCUGGAAAUGCGUCGACCGCCACAUCCAGCUUUACAAUCGGCGCCUGUUCCGAGCACAUCAAUGGUCGUCCCCAAGGAGUAGACUGUGCGCGCUGUGAAAUGCUUCUAAACUCGGCUCGAUUAAAUAGCGGCGUGCAAAUGUCCACUCGCAAUUCCUGCAAGACUCUUAAAUGCCCCCAAUGCAAUUGGCACUAUAAAUAUCAGGAAACUUUGGAGAUCCACAUGAGGGAGAAACAUCCAGAUGGGGAGAGUGCCUGUGGUUAUUGCCUUGCAGGACAACAGCAUCCUCGGCUGGCACGGGGGGAAUCCUACUCUUGCGGUUAUAAACCGUAUCGCUGUGAAAUCUGUAACUACUCCACGACCACCAAGGGUAAUCUUUCCAUUCAUAUGCAAUCGGACAAACAUCUGAACAAUAUGCAGGAGCUAAACAGCUCUCAAAAUAUGGUUGCAGCUGCGGCUGCUGCAGCGGUGACUGGCAAACUGCUGCUGUCCAGUUCCUCGCCCCAAGUAACCGCUGCAGGUUCAUCCAACAGCGGGUCUGGCGCAGGCAGUGGCUCAUCCAACAUUGUCGGCGGCACCACAUCCCUGAGCGGAAGCGCAACGCCUUCCGCAACUGGAGCAAAUAGUUCCAAUGCCAAUGCCGGAAGCAAUACAAACAACGCCGGUACCAAGCCAAAGCCUUCAUUUCGAUGCGACAUCUGCAGCUAUGAUACUUCCGUGGCCCGCAACCUGCGCAUCCACAUGACCAGCGAGAAGCACACCCACAACAUGGCAGUGCUUCAGAAUAAUAUCAAGCACAUCCAGGCAUUUAAUUUCUUACAGCAACAGCAACAGAGCGGCACUGGGAAUAUUGCUGGCCACAGCUCCGGAAGCUUUAUGCCCGAGGUGGCUCUGGCUGAUCUCGCGUACAACCAGGCCCUUAUGAUCCAGCUUCUUCACCAACAGCAACAACAUCAGCAGUCAGCUAAUACCAAACUAUCGCCGUCGUCUUCGCCCGUGAGCACUCCUGAUCAGUUUUCCUUUUCUCCCAAGCCAAUAAAGCUCAAUCAUGGAACAGGAGCUGCCAUGGGGAUAGGAAUGGCAAUGGGAAUGGGAAUGAGCCACUCAAACGAAGUGUCCGGCGAAUUAUCAGGGGAUCCUCACCCGCUAACAAAAACGGAUAAAUGGCCCACGGCUUUCUACAGCUGCCUAAUCUGCGAUUGCUUCAGUACGAACAACCUGGACGAUCUGAACCAGCAUUUGCUGCUAGAUCGAUCCCGACAAUCCUCCAGCGCAUCCUCCGAUAUAAUGGUUAUUCACAAUAACAACUAUAUAUGCCGGCUGUGCAACUACAAGACGAAUCUCAAGGCAAAUUUCCAACUACACAGCAAGACGGACAAGCACUUGCAGAAGCUCAACUUUAUCAACCACAUCAGAGAGGGCGGUCCCCGGAACGAGUAUAAAAUGCAGUAUCAGCAGCAGCUUGCCGCAAAUGUAGUGCAACUUAAGUGCAACUGCUGCGACUUCCACACAAAUUCUAUCCAGAAGCUGGGUCUGCACACACAACAGAUGCGUCACGACACAAUGCGAAUGAUAUUUCAGCAUUUACUGUACAUUGUUCAGCAAAGUGAAAUGCACAAUAAGUCGUCGGGUUCUGCUGAAGAUGAUCCUCAAUGCGCCUGCCCGGAUGAAGAUCAGCAAGUGCAGUUGCAGUCGUCCAAAAAACUGCUCCUUUGUCAGCUGUGCAACUUCACCGCUCAGAACAUCCAUGAAAUGGUACAGCAUGUGAAAGGAAUAAGACACUUGCAAGUCGAGCAAUUUAUCUGUUUGCAGCGUCGCAGUGAGAACCAAGAAAUACCCGCACUGAACGAAGUAUUCAAAGUGACGGAAUGGGUCAUGGAAAACGAAGAUGUUUCUUUCGCAUCUGGCCUAAAUUUGGCUAGAACCGCAACCAAUGAUGCAACGGAUGCCAGCUAUGCUGCGGCAUCAUCUGCGGCAGCUCCUGCCCUUCCGGAUGUCAGUAUGUUUUCACCAACAUCUCCCUCAAGUUGCGCAACAUCUUGCGAUAAGAAUUUGAGUCAAAUUGUAUCGCCAAACGUAAAUAAACUUGGUUCAGGCGUCCCUACAACAGUAUUCAAGUGUAAUCUCUGCGAAUACUUCGUCCAAUCUAAAAGCGAAAUUGCGUCUCAUAUUGAGACUGAGCACUCAUGUGCUGAGAGUGAUGAAUUUAUAACUAUACCAACCAACACGGCUGCCCUGCAGGCUUUCCAAACAGCUGUGGCUGCAGCUGCUCUAGCUGCCGUGCAUCAAAGAUGCGCUGUUAUAAAUCCACCGAUACAGGAGACCGUCGAUGAAGACAAGGACUUAGAUACGAAUGUCAGUGACGCUCCUCUGGGCAUAAAACAAGAGCGCGUCGAACAGGAAGUUGAUCGUACGACAUCAAUGGAGGAUAUUAAAGACUUGGCCUCCCAAGCGACAGAAUCUGGAGCUCCAGAGUCGCCAAAAGUUGCAGAAACUGAAGUUGGGGUACAGUGUCCGCUUUGCCUCGAGAACCAUUUCCGGGAAAAACAGUACUUGGAGGACCAUUUAACAAGCGUUCAUAGCGUUACAAGAGAUGGCCUCUCCCGGCUCUUACUUCUGGUGGAUCAGAAAGCUUUGAAAAAAGAGAGCACAGAUAUAGCAUGCCCUACAGACAAAGCUCCAUACGCAAAUACGAAUGCGCCCGAGAGAGCACCAUCCCCUAUUGAAAACACCUGCAACGUUAGCCUUAUCAAAUCAACCUCAGCUAACCCAAGCCAGUCAGUGAGCUUGCAAGGACUAUCUUGCCAGCAAUGUGAGGCAAGCUUCAAGCACGAGGAACAGCUACUUAAGCAUGCCCAACAGAAUCAGCACUUUCCUUUGCAAAACGGGGAGUAUUUGUGUCUUGCAGCCAGCCACGUUAGCCGUCCUUGCUUCAUGAGUUUUAGAACCAUUCCAGCUAUGAUCAGCCACUUUCAAGACAUGCACAUCAGUCUGAUUAUCUCGGAGCGCCAUGUCUACAAGUAUCGUUGCAAACAGUGCUCCUUAGCAUUUAAAACACAGGAAAAACUUACCACGCAUAUGCUCUACCAUUCGAUGCGGGAUGCUACAAAGUGCUCCUUUUGCCAACGUAACUUUCGCAGUACACAGGCGCUUCAGAAACACAUGGAGCAAGCACACGCUGAGGAUGGAACCCCAUCAACAAGGACAAACAGUCCGCAGACGCCGAUGUUAAGUACUGAGGAGACUAACAAGCAUCUUUUAGCGGAGUCCCAUGCAGGAGAAAGAGAAGUUUCAGGGAGUGAUGUCUCGCCAAUUGAACUGGAGGCGCACCUAAACAAAGAAACUAGACAUUUGUCACCUACUCCAAUGUCUCUCGAUUCCCAAUCACAUCAACAAUACCUCGCGACUUUUGCUGCUUUGCUCAAACAACAGCAGUGUAACUCAGAUGCUGUAGGCCUUCAUCCCGAAACGCUGUCUAUGUCCGCUGGAGAGAUGCCCCCUCAAUUGCAGGGUCUACAAAAUCUUCAGCAUAUACAACAGCAUUUCGGAGCAGUUGCUGCCGCAUCGGGUCUUCCAAUUAACCCGGUCGAUAUGCUUAAUAUAAUGCAAUUUCACCACUUGAUGUCCCUCAACUUCAUGAACUUAGCACCGCCCCUAGUAUUCGGCGCCAAUGCUGCAGGCAAUGCAGUAUCUGGGUCAUCAGCGCAAAAUAACAGCAUUACAACCGCCACCGCAACAUCUGCUUCAGGACUGGAUGAUACACAUCUUACCACUGGUGUCAGCUCUUUACCGGUAGAUUCGGGGAAAGCUACCGCAGUUCCACCUCAAACUCAGCUCAAUGCGAACGCAAACUCUCAGCAGCUGGCCAGCAACCAAAAACGAGCUCGAACGCGUAUUACAGAUGAUCAGCUUAAAAUAUUGCGGGCCCAUUUCGAUAUAAAUAAUUCGCCAAGCGAAGAGAGCAUUAUGGAGAUGUCUCAGAAAGCAAAUCUACCAAUGAAGGUGGUUAAACAUUGGUUCCGGAACACGCUAUUUAAGGAAAGACAACGUAAUAAGGACUCUCCUUAUAAUUUUAAUAAUCCACCAUCGACUACUCUGAAUUUAGAAGAGUAUGAACGUACAGGACAGGCCAAAGUUACCCCUUUAAAUGAUACUUGUAGCGUCGCAGUAACAGGACCAAUGACAUCAUCAACUAUUUCAUUACCACCAUCUGGUAGUACCAAUUUAAGCUCUAAAGAAAACGCAACUUCAAAAGUACUAGCGGCGGGAAAAGCUAACGCAUCAGGGCCUGUUACAUUUACUGCAACUGUUCCAGUUUCAACACCGUUAUCUCGUCCAGAAUCGACGAACUCAAGCGGAAAUAUAUCCGACUAUAUUGGCAAUAAUAUACUUUUUGGACAGCUCGGGAGCAAGGACCAGAUCUUGCCGUACUCUUUAGACGGGCAAAUAAAGUCAGAGCCGCAGGAUGAUGGGGCAACUGAUUUUGCAUACCAAACAAAGCAGCAUUCAAAUUUUAGCUUUUUAAAACAGCAACAGGAUCUAGUGGAUCCCCCAGAACAGUGCUUGACAAAUCAAAACGCGGAUACGGUACAGGACCAAUCCUUGCUAGCGGGUUCGGCUCUUGCAUCCAAUUGUCAGAGUCAACAGCAAAUAAAUAUAUUUGAAACUAAAUCAGAAAGUGGGAGUUCCGAUGUACUAUCACGCCCUCCGUCUCCGAAUAGUGGAGCUGCCGGAAAUAUGUAUGGCAGCAUGAAUGAUUUAAUAAACCAGCAAUUGGAGAAUAUGGGUAGUAACAUGGGACCACCAAAAAAAAUGCAGAUUGUUGGAAAAACGUUUGAAAAGAACGUAGCUCCAAUGGUGACCUCAGGCAGUGUUAGUACUCAGUUCGAAAGCAACUCUUCAAACUCUUCGAGCUCCUCAUCGUCGACAUCAGGUGGCAAGCGAGCUAAUCGGACUCGUUUUACAGACUACCAAAUAAAGGUUUUGCAGGAGUUCUUCGAGAACAACUCAUAUCCAAAGGACAGCGAUCUCGAGUAUUUAAGCAAGCUUUUGUUACUGUCUCCCCGGGUUAUAGUAGUUUGGUUUCAAAACGCCAGACAAAAGCAACGUAAGAUUUAUGAAAACCAGCCGAACAAUACCCUGUUUGAAAAUGAGGAGACGAAAAAGCAAAACAUUAACUAUGCGUGCAAAAAGUGUAACUUGGUAUUUCAAAGGUACUACGAGCUUAUACGGCAUCAGAAAAAUCACUGCUUCAAAGAGGAGAAUAAUAAAAAGUCUGCCAAGGCACAAAUCGCUGCAGCUCAAAUCGCGCAGAAUUUGAGCUCGGAGGAUUCUAAUUCUUCCAUGGAUAUACACCAUGUCGGAAUUUGUCCACCAGGCUCAGCAGUUGUUUCGCAAACCCUGUCAACGCCGGGCUCGGCAGCUCCCCUUUCGGGACAGUACACCCAGCAUUCAUUUGGCGCACUGCCCUCGCCACAGCAUUUCUUUGCAAAGUCUUCUUCGCUUACUGACUUCAGUCCAUCCACGACCCCCACGCCGCCGCAACGAGAACGCAGCAACAGUUUAGAUCAUCCUCAACGACCUCCCAAGUUUGAUUGCGACAAAUGCGAGCUGAAAUUUAACCAAUCGGAAAAAUUGCGAGAGCAUCAACUAUUACACCUGAUGAAUCCAGGAAACAUUUUUUCAGACGCAAGUCAGAACUCUAACCCUGAAGCCAAUUUCGGUCCCUUUGGCAGCAUUUUGCAAAGUCUACAACAAGCGGCGGCUCAACAGCAGCAGCUACAGCAUCAACCGCCGCCAACAAAAAAACGGAAAUACUCGGACUGCUCUUCCAAUGCAGAUGAAAUGCAGUCCCUGUCGGAGCUUGAGGCUUCACAAAAAAAGCACGAGUUCCUGUACAAGUAUUUUAUGCAGAAUGAAACGAGCCAAGAGGUAAAACAGCAGUUCCUCAUGCAACAACAACAAAAGAAAUUAGAACAAGGAAACGACUGCGAUUUUGAACUUGAUUUCCUAACUAACUUCUAUCAGCAGAGCGAAUUAAAAAAAGUCAGUAACUAUGACUUUUUACUACAGUACUAUCGCACACAUGAAGAGGCAAAAUCCAGCCAACAGCAUCUAUUUAGCUCCAGUAAAAAGCCUACCAUCGAGUUUCUACUUCAGUACUACCAACUUAAUGAGUCGAAAAAGUUUUUUCAGUUAGUUGCCUCGCCCCAAAUAAUUCCUGAUGUCCCAGGCUACAAGCCAUCCUCGCGAAUGCCAAAAUCCACUUCGGAUGAAGCCCCUUAUAUUGGAGAAACAUCAUUGGAGCAGGCAACAGAACUACAAAGAGAGAAACAAGAUGAACAACUACGCAUAGACAGGCCAAGCGAAGAAAACGAGUUAUCUAUGAACAAAAACAAAGUGGAAAAUAUUAAUAACAACAAUAUUGGCAUUCAUGUGGGCCAAAGCAAUUUAACCGCGACGAACGGCAUCCCUUCAGAUGAAACAAAAGACGAGUGUACGCAGGAAUCAUCAUUAAUUGCGAUGGAUAAUGAAAACAAGUAUCUAUGCGCGAGAUCCAAACAAAAAGAUGACAAGGAAAAGUCGCACUACUUACAUAAUCUUGAGGACUUCCUGGAUGCCACAAUGAUAGAGAACAACUCCCAGACUUUAACAUUUAAUGAUGACGAGAAAGCAUGCCAAAAAGAUGAACUUACUCAAAAUUCCAAUGCAAUUGAGAAGCGGUCCUCUGUGUCUCCGGUUAACGUUUCAUCCAAGCAAAAUAAGCGCUUACGAACAACCAUCCUUCCGGAGCAAUUGAACUUUUUGUAUGAAUGUUAUCAAUCCGAAUCAAAUCCAAGCAGAAAAAUGCUUGAAGAGAUAUCUAAGAAAGUUAACUUAAAGAAACGCGUAGUUCAAGUCUGGUUUCAAAAUUCACGGGCAAAAGACAAAAAAUCGCGGAAUCAGCGACAUUAUGCACACAUAUCUGACGAUAAUAGCUACGAUGGCUCUAGCGGGAAGGAGGCUUAUAGCGACCUAAGGUCCAACGGCAUAACCGUGGAUACGGACCUCGAAACAAAUCUACAGGACUGUCAGCUGUGUCAAGUCACCCAAGUCAACAUCCGAAAGCAUGCUUUUAGUGUCGAGCACAUUAGCAAAAUGAAGAAAUUGCUCGAACAAACCACCGAGCUCUAUGCACAGAGCAAUGGCAGUGGAAGCGAGGACAACGAUUCUGACAGGGAAAAACGAUUUUAUAACUUAUCAAAGGCAUUUUUGUUCCAACACGUUGUGACAAACGCGACAAGCCACUCUAUUCACACAGCUAGACAAGAUUCUGAUGCUAUUGCCGAAGGGAACUGUAUGCUUAACUAUGACACUAAUGGUGGCGAUUCCAAGAGUCAUGUCCAGCAUAAUUUACCUAACGAAGUCGUUUCUGAAGAUACGCGAAAAAUCGCUGGUAAUCAGGAACUUAUGCAGCAGCUUUUUAACCGAAACCAUAUCACCGGUAAGAGUUUCGGAAAGAUACAAAAAUCAUCUAUUUGAUCUUAUCUGUUGGUCAGAUUUAAAAAUACCAGUAAAGCUUGUUAUUUAACACGUUUGCUUUGUCUGUUUAUUUUAAAAAGUUUUAUUUUGCUUGAUGCCCACACCUGAAUUGAUAGUUUCCAGAAUGUUCAAAAACAUAUCUAUACUAGUAGGAAUAUAUUUUUUACGCCUCGCAACUUGACAUUUUACGAAAUAGUUCAUACUAAAAACUAAUAUGUGUAAGCAAAUAAUGUAUGCCUGCGUGUGAAAAACAACAAAAGUAGAAUAAGAGAACUAAUUACUCUUAGUGUGAGUGCUUUUAAAGUAAGUUCAGGAAAAUGUCACUUUAAGUGCCGAGAAAACACUACAUGCUAAAAGUUACCCGACCUAUUCCGAAGCGUUUUUAAAGCAACCGUUGCAAAAUUUAGGUAUGUUUUCCAAAAUGAUGCAAAUUAAGUUUUUGGUGCUACAAAUACCGAUAUUGGCACUUCAUUAGUGCUUAAAUAUCAAUAUAUUAUAAAUGUAUAAGCCAAUAAACACCAUAUCGAAUCACAUCAAUAUACUGAAACAUGUACAAAAAUAAACAUUUAAAUUUAUUCAAAUUCUUUAA